AUGAAUUUAUCCGAUUUCAAGAUUGUCGCUCAAUUCGAAACAGCAUUUAAUCGCGAUGGCAUUUUUGAUCUCACACCAUCUCAUAUUAUCAACAUGAUCGUUUUUCCAUCAGCAGAAACAGGCGUUAUCGGAAUUAUUGAUAUUUACGAUAAAUCCGUUCCACCACGCUAUAUACAUUGCUUUAAGACAUCUAUUCUUGGCAUUAAAGUCAGCCAGAAUGGCCGCUUAAUUGCAAUCGCAGGAGAUGAAGGAAGGCAAAUUAAUAUUUAUAAUGACCCAUCUCUUCAAAUUGUUGCUCGUCUAAAGAGAGGAAAUUGCAGUAAGAUCAAUUUUAUCUCCUUUGAUGAGCAUAGAAAUCGCUUAGCUUUGAUUGAUAAUACAGAAACUUUUCUUGUCUUCGAUUUACACCAACAAACCGAAGAUGAUGCAAUAAGGCCAACAAUGAAACUCAAAUACAGCGAUAAUCCUCCAAUGUGGAUUAAUUUCAAUGCAAAAGUUAGUGGCAUCGUUGGUGUUACGUCCAAUGGAGGUUUAUUCAAAGUCGCUACAAAUUCUGACGAAAAGUCUGCUAUUUGUGAACCAAUUAUUUCGAGAUUGAAGAUCAAAUAA